CCCCUACGGCCGCUGUUUAUCCUCCUGCUUCAGUUCUGGUAGCUAGGGUCAAACCCGCUGUAGUGACUGACUUUGAGGGGACCCUGCUCCCGGGUCUGAGUCCACCUUUGCUACUCGGCCUUCCUCCCAGCCCACGGGCACUGAGCUCAGGGGCGUGGCGCAGGCCUGACCCCGCCCCCGCCGUAGGGCUGCUGGGGCCUGGUCGCCAUAGCGACGGACUGUACACUACAGCAGCUUCCCAGGCCGCGGUUGCUGGCUACCCGACUGCGGAAGGGUCAUGGCCUCCCCGAAACCGCGGGGGUCCAGCUUCGCUACCUCGUCGAGAACACACCUGCGGCCUUCAAGAGUGACCAUAGAUGACUCCUUCUUCACAGAAACCAAGAACACCCAGAAACACAAGCUUUCUCAGAAACAGAAGACUCUGUCCUGUCAGUUCUCCACUGGUGGCCACCUGUCCCCAUGGCCCACAUACACCAGUGGCCAGACCAUUCUGCAUAAUCGAAAGCCCUGUUCAGAUGACUACCGGAAGCGAGCAGGUAGCUGGCAGCAGCAGCCCCUGAACACUACCAAGCCGAGGUACCUGGAGCAACUAGAGAACUACCUACGCAAGGAGCUCCUGUUGCUGGACCUGGGCACAGAUUCUGCCCAGGAACUGAGGCUGCAGCCUUAUAGAGAGAUUUUUGAGUUCUUCAUAGAGGACUUCAAAACGUACAAGCCAUUGCUAUCCUCCAUCAAGAAUGCAUAUGAGGUGAUGCUGGCCCACCAGAGGGAGAGGAUUCGGGCUCUGGAGCCCCUGAAGGCCAAGCUUGUCGCUGUGAAUGAGGACUGUAAUGAGAGGAUCCUGGCCAUGAGAGCUGAAGAGAGAUACGAAAUCUCCACGCUGAAGAAAGAGAAGAUGAAUUUGCUAAAACUCAUUGACAAAAAGAAUGAGGAGAAGAUCUCGUUGCAGAGUGAGGUGACUAAACUAAGAAAGAACUUGGCUGAGGAGUACCUGCACUACCUUACUGAGCGAGAUGCUCGCAAGAUCCUCAUUGCAGACCUGAAUGAGCUACGGUACCAGCGGGAAGACAUGUCACUAGCCCAGUCCCCAGGCAUCUGGGGGGAGGACCCCGUGAAGUUAACACUGGCUCUGAAGAUGACCCGGCAAGACCUGACCCGCACACAGAUGGAACUCAACACCAUGAAGGCCAACUUUGGAGAUGUGGUGCCCAGAAGGGACUUUGAAAUGCAGGAGAAGACCAACAGGGAUCUGCAGGAGCAGCUGGACAGCCUGAGAGAUGACUACGAAGAGGUCCGCAAGGAGCAUGAGAUACUGCUGCAGUUGCACAUGAGCACACUGAAGGAGCGGGACCAGUUUUAUUCUGAGCUGCAGGAGAGCCAGCGCACCUCCACGCCACGGCCUGACUGGACCAAGUGUGAAGAUGUGGUGGCUGGGGGCCGAGAUCGCUGGCAGAUGCUGGCCGAGGGCAAGAACAGCGACCAGCUGGUGGACGUGCUCCUGGAGGAGAUUGGCGAGGGGCUGCUCCGGGAGAAAGACUUCUUCCCUGGUCUGGGCUAUGGGGAAGACAUCCCCCCUUUCCUUCGGUUUGAUGGUAUUGUGGAGAACAAGAAGCCAACCAAGAAGGAUGUAGUAAACCUCCUGAAGGAUGUCUGGAAGGAACGGCUCGCUGAGGAGCAGAAAGAGAAGUUUCCAAAUUUCUUCUUCAAUUUCCUGGAGCGUCGCUUUGGGCCUGGUGAUGCCAUGGCCUGGGCUUACACCAUUUUUGAAAAUAUCAAGCUCUUCCGCUCCAAUGAGGUCAUGAGUCAGUUCUAUGCAGUCUUGAUGGGAAAGAGGAGUGAAAGUGUGUACACCAAGCAGAAGGAGACAAUAGCACAGCUGUUGAAGGAGAUGACAAAUGUUGACAGUCAGAACGAGGGGCUACUAACCAUGGAGCAGUUAAGCACUGUUCUCAAGAGCACCUUCCCCCUCAAGAAGGAAGAGAAAAUUCAGGAGCUGAUGGAGGCAGGGGGCUGGCAUCCCAACAGCAGCAAUGCAGACUUGCUCAACUACCGCUCAUUGUUUAUGGAGGAUGAGGAAGGCCAGAGUAUGCCCUUUGUGCAAAAGCUGUGGGAACAGUACAUGGAUGAAAAGGAUGAGUACUUACAGGAGCUAAAGCAGGAGCUAGGCCUGGAACUCCGUGAUGAGGUAACCCUAUCCAAGAUACGUGAGGCCCUGAUGAACAUCGAUCCCAGCCUGGACAAGCAGACUCUGAAUAGCUAUUUGAGCCAGGCCUUCCAGCUCCCUGUGACAGAAGUGCCAGAGGAGGGUGAGGAAGAGGGCAUUGUGAUAUGGCUCCAGACUGCACUGGAACGGCUUCACAUGGCUGACAUCAGGCGCAUGGGUCCUCGAGAGCAGGAGCCUGCAAGCUAGGGCCACUGUGGGCAGCCUGUGUGCUCCAGUACUGCUGACCUCUGACUUUUAGUAUAAAAUUGUUUG